GGAGGCGCCUGCGUGUUGGCCGCCAACUCGCUCUAGUAGCUGUGGUUCGGGCUCGGGACCGGCUGCCAUCUUAGUCGAGGGACUGAAGAGUCGCCGCCGCCCCGAGUCCCGGUAAAAAUCCGCGGGCGGACUGGAGGUAACAUGCAUUUAACAGUGGCCUUCUGGAGACAGCGCCUUAACCCAAAGAAGUGACUCCAAACAGUGAAAACUUCAGGUUUGCCGUCCUGUUGGUGUUAUGUCUGACAGUGGAUCACAGCUUGGUUCAAUGGGUAGCCUGACCAUGAAAUCACAACUUCAGAUAACUGUCAUUUCAGCGAAACUUAAAGAAAAUAAAAAGAAUUGGUUUGGGCCAAGUCCUUAUGUGGAAGUCACAGUAGAUGGACAGUCAAAGAAGACAGAAAAAUGCAACAAUACGAACAGUCCCAAAUGGAAGCAGCCUCUUACAGUUAUCGUCACCCCUGUGAGUAAAUUACAUUUUCGUGUGUGGAGUCACCAGACACUGAAAUCUGAUGUUUUGUUGGGAACUGCUGCAUUAGAUAUCUAUGAAACAUUAAAGUCAAACAAUAUGAAACUUGAGGAAGUAGUUGUGACUUUACAGCUUGUAGGUGACAAAGAACCAACAGAGACAAUAGGAGAUUUGUCAGUUUGUCUUGAUGGGCUGCAGCUAGAGUCUGAAGUUGUUGCUAAUGGUGAAACUACAUGUUCAGAAAGUGCUUCACAGAAUGAUGAUGGCUCCAGACCCAAGGAUGAAACAAGAGUGAACACAAAUGGAUCAGACCACCCUGAGGAUGCAGGGUCUGGUGAAAAUAGGAGGGUCAAUGGGAAUAAUUCUCCAUCACUCUCAAAUGGCGGUUUUAAACCUUCUAGGCCUCCAAGACCUUCACGACCACCUCCACCUACCCCACGUAGACCAGCAUCUGUCAAUGGCUCACCAUCUGCCACUUCUGAAAGUGAUGGCUCUAGUACAGGCUCUCUGCCACCAACGAAUACAAAUUCAAAUACAUCUGAAGGAGCAACUUCUGGAUUAAUAAUUCCUCUUACUAUAUCUGGAGGUUCAGGCCCUAGGCCAUUAAAUCCUGUACCUCAAGCUCCCCUCCCACCCGGUUGGGAGCAGAGAGUGGACCAGCAUGGACGAGUUUACUAUGUAGAUCAUAUUGAAAAAAGAACAACGUGGGAUAGACCAGAACCUCUACCUCCUGGCUGGGAACGGCGGGUUGACAACAUGGGACGUAUUUAUUAUGUUGACCAUUUCACAAGAACAACGACGUGGCAGAGGCCAACAUUGGAAUCUGUCCGGAACUAUGAACAAUGGCAGCUCCAACGUAGUCAGCUUCAAGGAGCUAUGCAGCAAUUUAACCAGAGGUUCAUUUAUGGGAAUCAAGACUUGUUUGCUACAUCACAAAAUAAAGAAUUUGAUCCCCUGGGUCCCCUGCCACCUGGAUGGGAGAAGAGAACGGACAGCAAUGGUAGAGUAUAUUUUGUCAACCACAAUACUCGUAUUACACAAUGGGAAGACCCCAGAAAUCAAGGUCAAUUAAAUGAAAAGCCCUUACCUGAAGGCUGGGAAAUGAGGUUCACAGUAGAUGGAAUUCCAUAUUUUGUGGAUCACAAUAGAAGAACAACCACCUAUAUAGAUCCCCGCACUGGAAAAUCUGCCCUAGACAAUGGACCCCAGAUAGCCUAUGUACGGGACUUCAAGGCAAAGGUUCAGUAUUUCCGGUUCUGGUGUCAGCAACUGGCCAUGCCACAGCACAUAAAGAUUACAGUGACAAGAAAAACAUUGUUUGAGGAUUCCUUUCAGCAGAUAAUGAGCUUCAGUCCCCAAGAUCUGCGAAGACGUUUGUGGGUGAUUUUUCCAGGAGAAGAAGGUUUAGAUUAUGGAGGUGUAGCAAGAGAAUGGUUCUUUCUUUUGUCACAUGAGGUGUUGAACCCAAUGUAUUGCCUGUUUGAAUAUGCAGGGAAGGAUAAUUACUGCUUGCAGAUAAACCCGGCUUCUUACAUCAAUCCAGAUCACCUGAAAUAUUUUCGUUUUAUUGGCAGGUUUAUUGCUAUGGCUCUGUUCCAUGGGAAAUUCAUAGACACAGGUUUUUCUUUGCCAUUCUAUAAGCGUAUCUUGAACAAACCAGUUGGACUCAAGGAUUUAGAAUCUAUUGAUCCAGAAUUUUACAAUUCUCUCAUCUGGGUUAAAGAAAACAAUAUUGAGGAAUGUGGUUUGGAAAUGUAUUUUUCCGUCGAUAAAGAAAUUUUAGGUGAAAUCAAGAGUCAUGAUUUGAAACCCAAUGGUGGCAAUAUUCUUGUAACAGAAGAAAAUAAAGAGGAAUAUAUCAGAAUGGUAGCUGAAUGGAGGUUGUCUCGCGGUGUUGAAGAACAGACACAAGCUUUCUUUGAGGGCUUUAAUGAAAUUCUUCCCCAGCAGUAUUUGCAGUACUUUGAUGCAAAGGAAUUAGAGGUUCUUUUAUGUGGAAUGCAAGAGAUUGAUUUGAAUGACUGGCAAAGACAUGCCAUCUACCGUCAUUACACUAGGACAAGCAAACAAAUCAUGUGGUUUUGGCAGUUUGUUAAAGAAAUCGAUAAUGAGAAGAGAAUGAGACUUUUGCAGUUUGUAACUGGAACCUGCCGAUUGCCAGUUGGAGGAUUUGCUGACCUCAUGGGGAGCAAUGGGCCACAGAAAUUCUGCAUUGAAAAAGUUGGGAAAGAAAAUUGGUUGCCUAGAAGUCAUACCUGUUUUAACCGCCUGGACCUGCCACCCUACAAGAGCUAUGAGCAACUGAAGGAAAAGCUAUUAUUUGCUAUUGAAGAAACAGAAGGAUUUGGACAAGAGUGACUUCUGAGAGCUUGCACCGCCAAAGGACAAGAACUUAUUUGCAAUGUUUGUCCUUUUCCUUCUUUGCCUAUUGCACAUCUUGUAAAAUUGGACUGUGACUGUUUAGAGAGUUACCUUGAGUGUAAGUAAAUUAAUGUUAUCGUUGAGAUUUAUCUCCCAGUGAUUCUGGAUUUCUUUUCAAUGUUCCAGAAAUCAGAUCUGCAAAUGACUAGUCAAAACCUUACUUAACAUGGAAUUAACACAACAAUGAAAUCUGCCUUGUCUUAUUCCACUAGAUUGUUUCCUUAACAAAAAUUUUGUAUAUGUGUAUCAGAAGUCUCAUUUGGGAGUAGGGUUUUUUCUUUUAGAGAUUCUGAAAAUAUUCAGGGAAGUCCCUUGGUAACUAAAAUAUGUAAGAUCUUCCUAUUAAGCCUCAUGGUAAGAGGUAUUUGUUUAAAAUAGCCCAGCUUCUGGGGAUGUGAGCAAACUUCUGGCUUGUGCUCUCCCUCUUAUUUCAGCCUGGCCUGACUGUUGUUUUUCCUUUCCGGAGCAUGAAAUCCAUGCAUCAUUUUGAUGUUAUCUCUAGAAAGGAGAGAUAUGAGACUCUUGUAUCUCUCUACAAAGUAGUUUUGUUAAUUUGAAUUCAGAGAGAAGUUGGUCCCAGCCUGCAAAUGACUGCAUAACUCUCUUCAUUUGGAAGUUUGUUUUAAUUGCCUUGCAAAUACUAAACUUCACAAACAGUAUUAACACUAUGCUUCCUUCACUGUCUGUAUAAAAGUUAACCUAGAAUUGGAAUUAAUUUAGCUGAAUUCUUUGAAGGCCAUCAACAAUUUUUAUAUGUUCCUGUAUAUUAAUUGCAUCUUUAUAAUUUUAUCAUAAUCCAACAACUUCAGUUACAUUUAAUUAUUGCUAAGGAGUUCAAGUUAUAUCUAGAGUGCUUUCUAAUCCAAGUAGAGGUCAAUGAAACAUCCUGUAAAAUUACAUUUUCAUUAGGGAGGGAGAGCUGUGGUACUGGCUAAAAAGAAGGGAGUAAUACGUUUAUUCACAAUACAUUUCUAGUAACCACAGAAAUGUAUUCUCUAUGUGAAUUAAAACUUUUUAAACUGAUAAUUUCUCUGACAACUGUUAGAGUAGUUAUUUCCAUUCUUUCCCUUGUCCUGAUCUGGAUAUUCUGUUCACCUCUAAAAAUUUUAACAGGUUUUCCCCAUGACUGUUAGAUUGCUCUGUUAGUAACUGAUUAAUGAAUGCACUUUGACCUUCUCUGUGGUAAUUAUUUUAACUUAGCUUAGACUCUGUCAAGAUGACUGCUGUCAGAGGUUUGACUUUAUGGACAGUGGGAGGAAGCCGAAGCCAGCUGAGUGCCUAUCAUAGCCGAACCCUGAGGACAGCCUCAUAACUCAUGAGAUAGGGACUUUGGCAGGUUUCAGUACCAUAGCGUGAACAAAUAGCAUUGAGCCAAAAAUCAGCAGAGAAUAGCAAACCCCUGUUGUAUAUGGAAAGAGAAUGGGGGUUUUUGUCCCUAACUACUCUUCCUUUUACAUCUUGGAAAAACAACAAAAACACUUUGCAACUUGUUUAUCUGUACUCUAAAACACUGCCAUCAUAAAGCAGACUUACGUGAGUGAAAGGGUUGCCUCAUCUAGAAAUUGUUAAUGUAAAGGGAGAGAUUGGGCUCCCCCCAAUCCUGUCUUUAUUUUGAUUUUAUUCUACUUACUCUAGGAAAUGUAGUACAGUCUCUAAGCCCUAGUUGUUUUCAAAGUAGUGACUCUGCCUUUUUGUUGGUAGGGGGCAAAAAACUGUUGCUUUGUCUUACAGAGCGAAUGUCUGCCAACUACCCAUUCGUUAUAUAAGUCUGAAUUUUGGUAAUAUAUGGCUAUGGAGAUUAAGCCUUCUAUAAAGACUUCCUAUUGAGGUGAAUGCUCACAUUGAAAUGUAGUUACCUACAAUAUUUACUAUAGAUUUAUGAGAUUAAAUUAAGAGAUAAUGUAAGAAAGUAGACUUUUUUUGUUCUACAUAAUGCUUGAUGAUUCAUUUAGGGACCUAGAAAUAUUGUUCAAAAAUGUAUAAAUAUCAUCCAAAAGGCUUUCUGCCCUAUAUUUUUAAAAUACAGAAUAGUUAUAUUUGAAGUAGUCCUGGCCCUAGUUCUAUAGGGCUUGGCUAUUUAAUAUUUUUAUGGAAGAAACGUUUAGUUCUGGAAAAGGUAAAUGCUUGUAUAUAUUUUUGCAGCCUGGGAUCUCUCUUACUCCAUUUCUUCCUUUAAUUUAAAUGGCCACAUGUAUAUGUCUUUCCCUGCUGUGUUAGGAAAAUGGGGGCUGGAUAUCCCAAGAAUCAGAGGUUAUAUAAAAAUACUGCAAAUAGACAGCAGACAUAAAUAUCUACCAAAUACUAUCUUAAAUUUUGGUCCAAAUUGAUCAUUUGGAAAUAGAUUUAUUGUAAGUGUUUAAUUAGAGCGAUUUCUUAAAUCUGAACUAAAUUGCUUUUAGAGUCCUUUUUUCUUUGUAAGCAUUGUAAAUGCUAAUAAAUCCUGUUAAUUUUUUUACUGCAUGUUAUGUUGAAAUAAAAACAAAGUAAAAUGAGCAAUUGCCUUAUUCUUCUGCUCUUUUGGGAGGUUGGGGAAGGCAGCAUUUCACAUAGCCUGGGUCUGGAGGGAAGGACCUCACUUGUUUCAUCAAAUAGAGUGAUUUAAAACUGGUCCAGCAGCUCAUAAUAAUGAAUUACUGCUCUGUCUUUUAUGAUCUUAUAUCAGAGUGCAGAAGAAUGUAAUUUCAUAAGACUUACAAUAACUCUAUUUAAAAUUCAGGUACUAGUUUUUCAUCAAGAGAUUGACAUACCAAUGUCAAUUCAUCUGAAAUUUUAGUGAAACAUGACUCACCUGCCCAAAGAGGUCUCAUCCUAAAUGAACUCUUUCAGUCAAACCCACUCUGCCACUUUUUAUUUACCUGGUUAAUAAUCUGAAAUGUUAUUAGGGAUGACUCAUGGAAUUAGACUUCUCUAUUUUUAUAUAUCCCUCCUUGUUUUGGAUGUAACUCCAUCCUUUUAAACUCCUUUAGGUUAACUACUUCUAUUUAAUAUUAUUGGCAUCUCCAGCCCCCCUCAUUUUUUUGUUUUUCUUUUAGAGAUAUUUACAAAAUUAUUUGUAUAUAUGCUAUGCUUUCAUUAACCAAAAAUGGAAUGGCAGCACUGGAUUGUAUAUUACUGUAUUGGAGUUCCUUUGUUUUCUUGAACUGUAAUUUCAAACACUCAGGUAACUUUACAAAUACCACAAGGAGUGAAGUGCUCUUAUAAAGGUCCUGCAGGGGGCUGCCUCACUUGCAUUUCCUUAAAAGUUGUAAGACUGUUUACAAUUAAACUUUUUGGUCCUUCAUUUGCACACUUUUCUUUUAGUCUUGAGUAAGGUUUUCCCCACUUGCAGGGAAGCCUUCUAUGUGAACAGGUCAUAUAGAUUUCUGCCCCUCUGCUUUUGUAAGUGAGCAGGUUACAGCCUGUCUUGUACUCUGGAGUAGAUAGGAAAAAAACUAGAAAGACUCAGGUGAGACUGGAUUUAGUGCCUAUGUUGAAGAGAACCAAGAUGAAGACAUCUCCUUUUCUGGGACAACCAAGGGUUUCCCUAAGACAGGAUCCCAGCCAUAGGUGCUCAAUAGAGAAUUACCAGCUGGCUACCAAGACUUUUUCUUAUUAGGAAACCAAGUGAUCAUGCUGUUAUUUAAAAUAGAUCCAGGGGAAAGAUGCUAAGGGAAGUGGGUUUUUUUUAAUAUCCUGAUCUAACAGUGACUGGAGGACAGGUUCCUUCCAGAUCCUGCAAAGUAGGCCCUAUCCUAUUUAUUCUGUCCUAUAUAAGCAGCUAGAAAGCUCUAGUUUUCAGCGUGGCUAAAAAAAGAGGGAAGACGUGUUCCCUCAGCAUGAGGAAAUCUUCCAUGGGAAAAUAAGUAGUUACUUUUACUGACCAUUUGGCUGUCCAGCCCCAAACCCUAUAAAGCAUCAAACUGGGACUCAGCUAUGGCUGACUGGCUGCUAUUCUCUGGACUUUUAGGAAGAGUGUCUCACAUUGUGUAACUCCAGAACAGAAACUGCUGUCACUCACAGCUCAUUUCAUCGGUCAAUUCCCAUAUGUCUGUAGGGCUCCUUUGUGGUCAGGACAUUUAGGGGAAGGAUCCACGGGAAUCUUCUAGGUCUUCAGUGGAGACCUAGGAAGGACAGUUUUGGUCCCUUAUGAACAGGUUCCCACUGAGCAGAGAUGCUGUGGGCAGGAGGGUUUCCUCAAAGAAACUCACAGGGAAGGACCUUGAGAAUUUUCAGUCAUACCUGCAGAUCACUGAAAAUAGCCAUGCUGUUAUUUUCCUCAUUUCUAAUUCAGACCUCUUCUAUUUAUCUUCUCUAUCCUAGCGACCAAUAUCACACCUAUAUUUACUUAGUCCAGGACAACUGUCAACAUUUAUUACUAUGUCCCAGACACUUAGAUAUGCACUGUCAGUCUUCCUGGUCACUUUCAGAGAGGAAUGAUUAUUUUAUAGAAUAGAAAAUAGGCUCAACGUAAUUGAGUAACUUGAAGUGUCCACAGCUAUUAAGUGGCAAGAGUGCAAACUGGAAUCCAGGACUGUCUGAUUCUAAAGACUGCAUGCUUAAACGUUUUGCUGUACUGCUACUCACAACAACCCUGGGAGUUUUCCAUAACCAGUUCAGCUGUUCCAUCUAAUUGGUCUCCAAAUCCUAUCAAAUCCAUUUCCAAAACUUCUUUUGAAUCACUUCUUUCGGAGCUGCCCCCCAUUGCCACAGCCCACAUCCAUCAUCCCUACCGUGGUUGACUGUAUCAACUUCUUGUCAUUGCCUCCAUUCUCUCCAGUCCAUCUGUGCUGCCUCAGAAUGAUUUGUGGAAGAGUUGUCUCAUGGUUCUCCCCUCUUAAAAUAUUACAGUGGUUCCUCCAUUGCCACAGAAUAAACUCCAAAACUCAUAAGCCUCUCAAGGCCCUGACUACUUCCAACUGCUCAAUUCUUAUUCUGGCUCCAGUCACAUGAACUUUUUGCUUCUGUGAUUGUGAUCUUGUUCAAUUCAUUCACCCCCUCUCAGUCUGUUUCUCCAUAUGUAAGAUGGUGGUGAUGAUCAUCCUGUGCUUAUCUCCCAGGAUAUUUUGAGGUCCAGUCACUACAGCCCUUCUUCCCCUUGCUAAACGCUUUUAUGUUUCCAGAUUCAAUAAUCAUUUCUUUGUAUCCAAUCCUUUUUUUUUUAACUUUACUUUGAAAUAAUUUUAGACUUACAGAGCUGUUGCAAAAAAAAUAGUAUAGUACAGAGAACUCCUGCACACACUUCACCCAGCUUUCCCCAAUGUUAACAUCUCAUAUAACUUGGUACAAUUAUAAAAACUUCACAUCAGUAAAAUGACACUAAACUACAACCUUUAUACAGGUAUCACCAGUUUUCCCACCAGUGUCAUUUUUCUCAGUCUCUUCCAAUCUGUGACAGUUCCUCAUUCAGACCUUGACAUUUUUUGAAGAGUAUUGAUCUGGCACCUUGUAGAAUGUCCUAAGUUUGGUUAAUGUUUUCUUAUGGUUAAGGCCAUGGAUUUUUUUGUGUGAAAGACACCAUAGAGGUGGUGUGCCCUUGGUGCAUGAUAUCAGAGGGCACAUAUCAAUAUAUCCCAUUACCAGUUAUGUUAACCUUGAUCCUCUGGUUAAGAUGGUGCCUGCCAGGUUUCCUCACUGUAAAGUCACUAUUCAAUCCUCUUAAUAUGCAGACACCCCUAGAAGGAAAACCAAAUCCUCCCCCAAUUGAAAGAGGCUACAGUGGAAUGAAUUUUUGGAGAUAGAUCAUC